CAUUAACACAAUGAAGGCGUUAAUUUAAUAGUUAACGCCUGCGCAGCUUGGCUUUUUAUUAGCUGCCAGCAUAAUAUUUACUAUUUAAAUAAAAGCAAAUAGAAAUUAGAAUAAAUGGCCCAGAAGAAGCUACCAGCCAAGUCUCUGCAUGAGUCGGAGCAGAUGGAAUCCAAUUUGGUUGCGGCAACCAAUUCCAUAAUACCCAAUGGCACGGUACUUCGGGUCAUGGCCUAUACGAGAUGUGGCAGAGAGCCGGUGCGCACCACAAUUACAAUUAACGAGCUAAUUGGCAAGGGUACUUUUGGGCGCGUUUACAAGGCACAACUGGAUCAAUCGGAGCGACUGGUCGCACUCAAGCAGGUCGACUUCGAUCCGUACAUUCUGGAGCGCGAGCCAAAGAUCAUGAACUACAUUGAGGGUCACUGCAAUAUUGUUCGUUUGAUUAUGUACUGUUACGCCCAACUGGGCCACGCAAGGCAAAACUAUUUACUGCUGGCCAUGGAGUAUAUGCCGAUGACGCUCUCCGAGUUUAUACUGAAGCAACGGGAGCGGCCGCUGCAGUCGAUCUACGUGCGCGUUAUCUCUUAUCAGUUGUUCCGCGGCCUUGGCUAUCUGCACUCGCACUUCAUAUGCCACAGGGACAUUAAGCCGGAGAACACGCUGCUGGAUCCGUUAACAAUGAAUCUCAAACUGUCCGACUUUGGCAGCGCCAAAUUUCUGCAGGCCAACGAGUCGAGCGCCACAUACGUGUGCUCGCGUUUUUAUCGUGCGCCCGAACUGUUUGCCAAAUGCGAAAUAUAUGGCACCAGCGUGGAUCUGUGGAGCGCCGGCUGUGUCCUGGCCGAAUUGCUGAAGGGCAACGCGCUCUUUGCGAGCAGCAAACACGACCAGGCCCAGCUGCUGCAUGUGAUUGGACUGCUGGGCACCGCGGGCCUAGAACGGGCGCCACAUGUACUCGCCGCCAGCGGGCUGGACGCGGCCGAGGUUAGCGCUCGGCCCAGUUGGCAAACCUUAAUUGGCAACUGGGUGCCGGAAGACCUGGCCGCCCUGCUGGAUGAAUGCCUGCAGUAUGAGCCCGCGGCACGCAUCUCGCCGCUGAGAGCCUGUGCACACGCCAGCUAUGAUGAGCUGCGCACCAUGGACGCACUGAAUACACCGAUGCCCAAUGGAGUCCAGCUGCCGCCAUUGUUUAACUUCAGCCCGCACGAGCUUCAGGUUGAGCCAGGCUUGUGGAUGCAUUUAUUACCGCUGCAUCUCAACCAGUCCUUGGAGCAAGCCAUAGAGCAGCAAUAGAACUUCACACGCUAGUCAAGUGCAACACUAGAUUUUUAAGUUUAAAUAGAGGCUGUGCUAGUUAUACAAAUUUCAAUACCCAACGUGAGAACUCAGUUGAUUCCAGUGUCGUGUCUGGCUUAUCAUAUAUAUAUAUGUGUAUAUAUUUUUGUUGUGGUUAAAUCAACCAUUUUGACAGACUUUCCCAUAGCACGCAUGGGACUCGAGGAACCGCUUUGAAAUUCGAGACCCAAGUAGCCUUUGCGUAAUAAAAAAAGUCGACCAUCGGUUUGACGGUCUGACAGUGGUUUAGUUCAACGUGUGCUAACGUAGUGUUAACAUCUCGCCUAAAACAAAAAAA